AGAGCGGCGGGACGGGCAGAGCCUCCGCCUCUCUGUCCGAGGAGCGCCGGGCGGUCACCUGGGGCUGUCGGGCAGCCAGAUCUGGCUGCGGUACUGGCGCGCUUGCCUGCGGAGUUGGGAGACGGACCCCAUCGCGAGGUGCCGCGGAGCCGCCUCGCAGCGGCUCUCUGCUGCGGAAGAUGCAGGAGCGCAUCUGGGCGUCGCUGCUGCUGCUGCUGCUGCUGCUGCUGCUGCUGCUGCUACCGCCGCCGCUGUGUGGCGGCCCCCCGGACAGCCGGCGCCAGGAACUAGAGCCUGAGCGCGGGCCUCUGCAGCCCUUCGACCUGCUCUACGCCAGCGGCGUGGCUGCCUAUUACAACGGGGACUACGAGCAAGCUGUGCGCGACUUGGAAUCAGCGCUGCUCAGCCACCGGCGCCUGCGGGAAAUCCGCACACGCUGUGCCCGCCACUGCGCUGUGCGCCGCCCUCUCGUGCCCCCCGGUGCCGGCCCCGGGGCCGAGCUGCCCUUCUUUCGCGCCUUGCUGGAGCGGGCGCGCUGCUACCGCAGCUGUGAGAGCCAGCGCCUCGGGGGACCCGUGUCCCGACACCGAGUCAGUGAGGAUGUGCGCAGCGACUUUCAGCGCAGAGUGCCCUACAACUACCUGCAGCGGGCCUACAUCAAGCUUAACCAAUUGCAAAAAGCAGUGGAAGCUGCUCACACUUUCUUCAUGGCCAAUCCUGAGCACAUGGAAAUGCAGCAGAACAUUGAGAAUUACAGAAUGAUGGCUGGUGUGGAAGAGUUCCAGCUGAUAGACCGAGAAGCCAAACCUCACCUUGAGAGCUACAGUGCAGGCGUUAAACACUAUGAGGCUGAUGACKUUGAACUGGCUAUCAAGUACUUUGAACAAGCUUUACGAGAAUAUUUCAGUGAAGAUGUGGAGUGCAGAACUUUAUGCGAGGGGCCUCAGAGAUUUGAAGAGUAUGAGUACUUAGGGCAUAAAGGGGGUCUUUAUGAAACUAUUGCAGAUCACUACAUGCAGGUGCUGGUUUGCCAGCAUGAGUGUGUGAGGGAGCUUGCUACUCGCCCUGGCCGCCUCUCGCCCAUUGAGAACUUCCUCCCUCUGCAUUAUGACUACCUGCAGUUUGCCUACUACCGAGUUGGUGAGUAUGUGAAGGCCUUGGAGUGUGCCAAGGCCUACCUCCUAUUCCACCCAGAUGAUGAGGAUGUCCAAGACAAUGUGGAUUACUAUGAGAGUCUAUUAGAUGACAGCAUUGACCCAGAAUCCAUUGAGGCCAGAGAGGAUUUAAUUAUGUUUGUGAAACGACAUAAACUUGAAUCUGAACUGAUAAAAUCAGCUGCAGAGGGACUGGGAUUUUCAUACACUGAACCAAAUUAUUGGAUCAGAUAUGGAGGACGACAGGAUGAGAAUAGGGUCCCUUCAGGAGUGAAUGUAGAGGGGGCAGAAGUUCAUGGAUUAUCAAUGGGGAAAAAGUCAUCGCCCAAGAUAGAUCGAGAUCUAAGAGAAGGUGGCCCUCUGCUCUAUGAGAACAUCACUUUCGUCUACAACUCAGAGCAGCUGAACGGGACCCAGCGGGUUCUCCUGGAUAAUGUCCUGUCAGAGGAGCAGUGCCGGGAGCUCCACAGUGUGGCCAGUGGAAUCAUGCUUGUUGGUGACGGCUACAGAGGAAAAACUUCACCCCAUACGCCCAAUGAAAAGUUUGAAGGUGCAACUGUCCUGAAAGCGCUCAAAUUUGGUUAUGAGGGCCGAGUCCCACUGAAGAGUGCACGUCUGUUUUAUGACAUCAGUGAGAAGGCUCGAAAGAUCGUAGAGUCCUAUUUCAUGCUGAAUUCAACCCUUUAUUUUUCCUAUACACACAUGGUCUGCCGAACAGCCCUGUCUGGUCAACAGGAUAGAAGAAAUGACCUCAGUCAUCCCAUCCAUGCUGAUAACUGCCUGUUGGAUCCAGAAGCCAACGAGUGCUGGAAGGAGCCUCCUGCUUACACUUUCYGGGACUAUAGUGCUCUCCUGUAUAUGAAUGAUGACUUCGAAGGAGGAGAAUUCAUAUUCACUGAAAUGGAUGCUAAGACUGUGACUGCCUCUAUAAAACCAAAGUGUGGGCGUAUGAUCAGCUUCUCAUCUGGAGGAGAGAACCCACAUGGGGUGAAGGCAGUCACCAAAGGACAGAGGUGUGCUGUGGCUCUGUGGUUCACCUUGAACCCACUUUAUAGAGAAUUGGAACGAAUAAAGGCCGAUGAAGUGAUUGCAAUCCUGGAUCAGGAGCAGCAAGGAAAGCAUGAACUGAACAUUAACCCCAAAGAUGAGCUAUAAAAACAAGAAAGAAAGUUCUAUCAAAUAUUUAUUUAAAUUGUUAAUCUUAAAAGAACCUUUUUAUUUUUGUACAGAGCCAUGGUAUAAAUUAACAGGAUAAUAUGAGUCGUUAGAUCUCCCUUCUGUUCCUUAGGAUGCUAGCUUUGCUUCACUUCUGUCUUUCUUGGUUUUUCUUCAGAUGAUAUUUCAAAGCUCAGUCACCUUCCCUUGCUCCGCAUAUACACACCACACACAAACAUCACACACGUACCACAUAACACACCACACACAUGCCACACAUAUAAAU